AGGUAUCGAUGAAGAUGGUUAGUGGGGUGGUGAACUAACAUAUCCCCAUAAAACUCAGGGAAUGGCAACAGCUUCCUCAACAGGUUCAAGCUACCUUACUGUGACUGAUGAUCAGAAACGAUGGCUUGUGGUAGGAAUUGCACUCAACAAGAUCCUUAUACCACAGAUACGUCCAUUUGUAGAAAAAGGAGUCAAUGUUGAGUACAACAACCUAAAGAUCAGCCACAGAAUACAUGUUCAGGGCCCACAUGGUCGUCUUCAGAGGUGGCCUGCCUCCUCCAAAAACUUGUUGAAAUAUGAGAACAUCAAUGGAAAUGUUUCUCGUCCAAAGCUUCAUGGUGGAAAAUUCAAUUAUUCUUCAUUUGAUUGUCAGGUAAAGUCCCAUGUGGACUUUGCCAAGCUGUAUGUCCAGGGGUACAUGGCGAAGUUCACUGCCUUUGAUGAUCACUGUGAUGCAUCAGCUGUGUUGUCUUUGCUUGGUGGGGUUCCUAUAUUCUUUACUGCUGCAAGCUCUGCAGGUGAUGUCAGAAUAGCAAGGAAUGAUUGGGCUCACUGUGCCUUUGGAAAAUGGAAUCCAGUCAAAUUUCAGAAAAGUUUCACUGAUAUGGAACAACUGAUCAAGAACAUGGCCCUGCCUUCUGUAAAUGAAAGAGAGCUUCUUGUAGAACUAAAAGACUGGGAAACAAAAGGAGUACAUCUUUGCAUGAAUUCUCCGGUAGACCCUGCAUUGCUACAAGUGGUUCAGCAGGAGCUUAAGUCACUUCAAGAUGUGGUGGAUAACAUGUGCUUAGAAUUAAACCAAAAGAAGACUAAGAUUCAACAUGAGCUGCGAAGUAUUGCAGUUACCUUGAAUUAUAUGGAAAAGAGACUUCAGAGGUUAGAGAUAGGACAACGGAAUCUGGAGAGCCAUGUUGAUCAAACUGACAGCAGACUGGAUAAAAUAGAAGGGCACAUACAAGAGAGAAUGGAGAAACUUGAGAGUGGUCAGCAGACCACAGAGAGUCACACUUUCCAUAUUGAAGAUAAUAUUCACCAACUGCAAGAACAAAUGGAUGACUUGUUUAAAUCAAAAGAAGCAGAUUUAAAAAGAUCAUGCCAGGAAAGUCCAGAGACAGCUGUCUUUCCACAGAAAUUUGUAGAGCUCAUUAAACGAAAAUACAAAGGUGCUGUACUGUGUCCCUUUCCUUGGUGUGAAGAUGAACUACAACUGCAACUUUCCAAGGUUUUUACAAGACUGAAGAUAGUUGAAAAGAAGAAAGAACGAGCCAGAAGGACAGACGAAAUCGUCCCAAUGACAGAUGCGUUUCGAUCACAUGAAGAAUGUAAAGAGCCCAGAGUGGUGCUGAUUGAAGGGGAACCUGGAAUAGGAAAAACCACUUGCUGUCAGAAGCUUGCAUAUGAUUGGUCUGUGGAGAGUAUAUCAGCCGAGGCCCGUUUUCCUAAAGUGAAGAUGCUACUUCUGUUGAAGUGCCGAGACAUGAAGACUGCUGACAUUGAAGAAGCUAUUGAUGAUCAGCUGUUGCCACUUGAUGCCGAAGAGAAGGAGAAGGAAAACUUCUUCCGUUUUAUCCGCCAAAAUCAAUCCAGGAUCCUACUGGUUCUUGACGGACUGGAUGAAUUAAGUGAGACUGUAUAUGAAGGAUUGUUACCUUUGAUUCAAGGGAGAAUCUUUCCUAGUACUUACCUCAUGCUAACAGCCCGCCAUGAAUUAGGAAUGAAGGUGCGACGUGAAUGUGAUACGCUUCUUGAGGUUGUUGGUUACACCGAGGAGGAUGCUGACACCUACAUUGAGAAGUACUUCAGAGAUCACGAUGAUCCAAGUCUUGCGAAGAAACUCAUUAAGAAUUUAAGGAAGAAUCCUCAGCUAAGGGAAUUAACUGCCAAUCCACUUAACACUGCUCUUCUGUGCCUAAUUUGUGAAGAUGCGCAGGGAAAACUCCCUUACAAUAAAACCACGUUGUAUUAUGAAAUUGUUUCAUGUGCCCUAAUGAGAAAUUUUCAAAAAAAGGGGAUCCCUUUGGUGAACGCAGAUCCAAUCGAGGUAUGUUCAGAGCAGCUGAAUCGGUUGGGUGAGUUGGCGCUUGAAGCCUUGGUUAGAGAUCAGUUGUAUUUUACCACAGAAAAGCUGCGAGGUCAUUCAACUGAAUUUCUAGACUUCGGUCUUCUUUCUCGAGAAGCCAGUGCAAGUAAAAUCAGACCGAAGCCAAGUUAUGCAUUUACCCACAAGACCUUUCAGGAAUAUUUCGCAGCAUUUCACGUAGCCCAUGAACUGCUGACUGGUGGUAAGGACAAGGCUGCCUUGCUUACUCACCUCACUCCUCCGGAUAAGUACUGGCCGGUGUGGGAAUUCCUGAUCACAAUGGUAUCAAAGAAAAGUGAUGAUGUGGCUGUUUUUUUGGUGUCAAGUUUGUGUGCUUCAUUCCAGAACAAAUUGCCAGAGCACUUUAGCCUCCAUUAUUACUACGAACCGGAGGAAGAAGCUAGCGAUGACGAAGAUGAUUCGGCGGACAGUUAUCCUGAUUACCAGUACGACAACGAAAUUGAUGCAGGCGACUGUGAUUCUGAUGACGACUUUGAUGAUGAUCUUGACUUAGCAUCCGAUGUCGACAUUGACAACCGUCAAGAUUACGGGUUUGAUGCUAACGUUUGCAGAGACCAUUCAUUUGACUGGCCUACAAAAUUAGGAUUGAUAGAAUGGUCAAAACGAAUUGAGGAAGAUGUCGUCUUUAACACAAUUUUUGUCAUUGCUCAAUGCGAACAACCUGAAGGUGAGCUAAAGGAUUACCAGAAGAAAAUGGCAUCUGAACUGGCACGCUGCUUUCCGCUGGAUAAAGUAACAGUUAGCCAUUGGCAUACUCAUGAUGGCUCGUUCUUCGCCCGUCGUUAUUUUCAAGUUUUCUCUGAAUAUCUUAAGGUCCAUUGCCAGUUGACAGGUUUAUUUUGGAUUGCUGAGUUAAAUGAAGUAGCAUUAGCAACCAUUGAACACAUCCUUCGAUCAAGUGAUACGCUGACUUACUUACAUUUGUGUGAUGACUUACGCAGCACGUCACUCACACCGGCUCUUCAAGCAAAUCGCACAUUGACGCAUCUCAACCUUCGCAAUGCCAGGAUCCGUAUUGCGGGAGCUAAAGCACUUGGAGAGGUUCUUCGACUGAAUUGCACUCUGACACAUGUGAGUUUGCCUGGUAACGCUAUAAGUCAUAUUGGAGCAGAAGCUAUCGCGAAAGGCCUCGAGUUUAAUAACGUGUUGGUGCAUUUGGAUAUAAGAGAUAACUGGAUCGGGGAUCAAGGUGCUGUGGCAUUUGCUAAAGCUUUUGAGUCAAAUUCUACUUUGAAGUAUUUUGAUGUAGGUAUGAUGAUGGAAAUGCUGUACAAACCUGAUUUCUUUCGCCCAAAGUCUGACUUUGAUGACGUAGAAACUGACUGGAUUCGUGACUCAGGAAUAAAAGCAAUUGCAAAGUCUCUUCGAUCAAAUUGUUCGCUGACUUAUUUAGAU